UUUAGGCAACAAGUUUGAUUCAAUAACCCACCCGUUGCAUAAAACAAUACGAGCGUGUUGGUUUUUAACCAAAACUGAGAAUCAAUAAAAAAUGUGCAAAGUAAAAACCCAUUUUGGGGGAAACUUUACUAAGCGUGCAAAUGAGCGGUAAACGUCACUGCAGUUUCCGCACAAUAGUCAAGUGUGGUGCUCGAAACCGGACGCACCAGAACAGUGCUCGUCGGGCUAAAAGCCUUUUAAAGGUGACGGAUCCGGAUAGUGCGGAGAACGGAUAUUCUCAGGCUCAGGCCACAAAGGCACGGACAACAAAUCCGAGGCACGUGCCAAGAUCCCAAACAAGACCGGACCAGCGCCAGCAACAUCAGGUCGGAAGAAACGAAGCCACGAGGAAAGUCAACUCGAAAAGGGUCGCCCAAAGCGUGAGUUUCUAUGAAAAUCAAGGUGGCAAAAUACCUAACGAGAUUUUUCUUCAGGGCCCUUUUUUGGUUCCGGCAUAUUUUGCUCCACAUCUCGGCACGUGUUCAUGUUGCUGCGCACCCAUUGGUAUCGGCUCCAACCUUUUUUCUUUCCGGCACAAAACGAGCUCCGAACUCUUCCGAAACUGCACGGCACACACAGCGCCAUCUGUGUUUUCAACCACAUACUAGACGGAAAUUUUUUUAACUUCGUUUCGUCCACGGUCCGGAUCACAGCAUUGUCCAUCGAAACACAGGAUCGAAUCGCCGCCCAUCCUCUGUCGAAUGAGCCAUUCCUGGCUUGGAUCACGCGCUAGGGUCGAGACUCUUGAUCGCGGUAAAAUGAAGCCAUUGACGAGAACGAUUGUCGCGACGUUUGAACAGCACUGGACUGACACCCACCGUCUGCAUCCGGGGAAGAAGAACUCGGGAUUUUUGCUCCGCAUCCACAUGGACAGCAGGCGCUGCACACCUGAUGUACCAGCUGUUUCACCGAAAAGCCAACAGAAGCGGCGAUCGUGGCACAGAUGGCCACUCCAUCAUCGCCGGCUUCGGAGCCAGCAGCUGUUGAACGUGAGCCGUAAGUGAAAAUUUUACGCUACUGCACUCCAACCAAAAAUGACCGGAGUAAUCGGGCGAUGGGUGGGAGAUAAUAAAAUGUUGCCAAUAUAGAAAAUUAACAUAAUUAAAUCAAUCAUUUAUUUUGUGGCGAUGACCAUCAAGACUUUUUCCAUUACAUAAUGUAGCAGUAACGUCAGAUAUCAAGGAAAUGUUCCAUCAAGUGCGAAUAAGAGAAGAAGAUAAGAACUCGCAGCGUUUUCUCUGGAGAUCGGAUCCUGCACAGCAGCCUGAUGUGUAUUUGAUGGAUGUCGCAACAUUCGGGUCGAAGUGCUCUCCGGCAUCAGCACAAUAUGUGAAGAACAUCAACGCACAGCAGCACAGUGAGCAGUACCCUAAAGCAGCAAAGGCCGCAGUUGAUCGUCACUACGUUGAUGAUUACCUGCAAAGUUUU